AUGUGGCGAGAGCGGAUGUGCUCUGAUGCUCAGCUUUCCGUGCUGUGGUCAAGUAGACGCUUUAGCCUCUCAGGACAUCCUGUAAGUUUUUAUUCUGACUCUGCCUCUUGUCAGCUGAAGCAGCACGAUGCUGUCUGUGCCCCUAAACAUUUUGUGCACUGUUAUCACAAAUAUUUACUGACUGCCUGGCCAAGCCCUGUUGUUGCACUGGGACAGCAUGUGGAGCUUCGAUGUGACUCUCAUAGAGAGUCUGACUUGUUCCAGCUGUACAAGGAACUUGGAGAUUUUAUUCCUCAGGUCCAUGAAAGAAUAUUCCAGAAGAGCAUGCUCUUGGGCCCUGUGACACCAGCACAUGGAGGAACCUACAGAUGCUAUAAUCACUAUCAUCAGAACCCUAAUGACCUCUCAUUACACAGUAACCCUUUGAAAAUCAUAAUCUCAGGAAUCUACAGGAAGCCUUUCCUCUUUGUCCCACAUACUUACCUGGUAAAUUCAGGAGAGAAGAUGACCCUGAAGUGUCACUCACAGAUUGUGUUUGACAUCUUCAUUUUGACUUUACAAAGUAACAAAAUAAUCAAUGAAUCCUUCCAGCAUUCUGCAGAAUCCCAUCGUGGGGGGUCCCAUGCCAGCUUCUCAAUAGGACCCACAACACCUGCUCACGCUGGGACUUACACCUGUUAUGGUUCUUACAAUCACACACCAUAUGAGUGGUCUGAAUCCAGUGACCCUGUUGACAUAGUGAUCACAGGUUUACACAGGAAACCUUCUCUGGCAGUCCUGAUGGGCCCCGUGGUGAUGUCAGGAGAGAACAUGACCUUGGCUUGCAUCUCUGAUCAUCAGUUUGAUAUGUUCCAUCUGUCCAGGGAGCAGGUGCCUCAGGGACAUGGGCUGCCUGCCAUGCAGAGUCACAAUGGGACAUUCCAGGCCAAUUUCAUUCUUGGGCCUGUGAUCCAGAAAGGGAACUAUAGAUGCUAUGGCUCUUUCAGAAACUCCUCCUUUGUGUGGUCAUCCCCAAGUGACCCCUUGUACCUUCCUGUUUCAGUAAAUUCAUCAGGAAACUGCACUUUGUGUACAGAAUCAGAGUCCAAAACUUAUAACCACAGGAACCUGCGUGUUGUGAUUGGGCUUUCCAUAACCAUGGUCCUCGUGCUCCUCCUCAUCAUCCUCCUUUACUCUUGCUGCUAUGCCAAAAAGAGUAAGUCCCAGGAACAAGCCAGUGAGUGUCAUCUGUGUAGUGUGAGAAUCCAAGACUGGAGAAAUACAGCCAACAGGGAUCAAGAGUCAAAGACGAGAACAACACUGAAUAGACAGGACCCUGAAAGAGAAGAAGGGCAGGAGGUGACAUACUUAGAAUUCGAUCAGAGGACCUUCAAACAAAAAUUGACCACUCCCAUUUCCCAGAUUCCCAAGGAAUUUUCCACAGAUCCCAGUGUCUACAUGGAAAUCAGGAAAUGAUAAACUGAGAUGAAAUACAUUCUUUGCCCCAUGAGUCCUCAAAGAAAUACCUGAGGAAGUUUUCUGUGUAGACCACAGCCCUUUCUCCAGUGAAGACUGAUAGAUGCGGUGAAAUCAGAGCUGAAAUCUGAAGACAGAGUCUCUAACUUUGGGACCACCCUUCAUUAUUCUAAUACGGUUCUCAACGUGGCUUUCCCUUAUGUGCAAAUGUUAUGCUCCUCACUAGGCACUCAACAGAAAUCAAACUCUAUUUCAUUUCACUCUAGCAGACCUCUGCAACCUCACUAGCUAUAAAUUCGAGGCGCAUUUAAACUUUAACUGCAAGUAUUAUAUCUCUGAAGGGAAAGGCAUCCUUAAUGUUGAGAGCCAGGCUGUACCUACAGCUGUGAAGGAAAGUUAUCCUGGACACCUGUACCUGUGAAGGGAACCAGGCUGUACCUACAACUCUGAAGAGAAAGGCAUCCUGUUGAGUCUCAGGCUAUACCAAUAGUUGUGAAGGGAAGAUAUCCUGGACAUCUAUAGCUGUGAAAAGAAAGGUAUCCUGACUGUAUGGAGCCAGGAUAUACCUAUAACUCUGUAGAGAAAGGUAUCCUAACUGUCAGUAUCCAGGCUAUACCUAUACCUGUGGAGGUAAUGUGUCCUGGUUACCUAUAGCUGUGUAGGAUAAGGUUUCCUGACUGUUGGGGUCCAGGUUAUCCAUAUAACUUUGAGGAGAAGGUAUCCUGAUUCUCAGAAGCAAGGCGAUCCCUAUAGCUGUGUUCUGUGGUGAUCCUGCUCCUUCCUGAGACAGCCUUUACAGACCAGCUCUGCUCUGCUCCACUAAGGGAGUUUCCCAGCACAGAUGUCCAUUGUUUAUCUGCUCUGGCAAAAGUUGUUAUUGCUCUACUUCACUCUGCUAAGGGGAAACCCCCACACACAGAAAUGUCCCAGUUUGAUCCAGCUCUGACAAACACUGUUACUUUUCUGCUCCACUCUCCCAUCAGAGAUGCCCACUGCUUCUCUGCUCUGCUCCACUCCAGAAAAAGAAUGUCUUCACCAAAAACUCAUUCAAGUGAUUUAUUGAGAGGGAGAAAUUCAGAAGAGUGACUGCCUCUGCCAGGGUGGAAAAAGGUAGCUCCCAACUAAACAGGCACAGGGCUUUUAUAGAACUUCUUAUGGGCAGAGUUUUCCAGGGAGGAGAGCUUGAGGGUUGGAAUUGAUAGAGUUUGCAGCCCUGAGCUUGAACAAACUCAGAGAUUGACUGGAUUUUGUGCUCAGGAAUUAUUUGGUUUUGUGCUCAAGAACUGAUUGGGUUUCCUGCUGAGGGAUUGGUUGGUGUUUGUACUGAGGUAGUCAGGGACAGAGUGUGUUCCUUUACUCUGGAUUGAGAGCCAAAGUGUGUUUCUUUUACCCAACCUUUUUAAACUUUAGUUCUGGUUUCAGGGCCAAAGUAUGCUUCUCUGGCUCUGGUUUCAAGGAACAGAGUGUGUUUCUUUUGCUGGCCUUUUGCCCUACAGUAACCAUGAUGAGUAUUUCACAACUCCAUAUCAAUAAGAAGAUCACCUUUUUAAUAGUGUAUAUGUCUAGUAGAUAGUAGUUGUAUAACAUACUGGGUCUCAUGACAGUUUCUUACAUGUAUAUGCAUUUUAAUCAUAUUCACACCCCAUUACCCUUCUUUACUUUCUAACACUCCUGAUGAUAUCAUUCAAGAAGACCACACUUAACACUGGGCAUUAUCAUAUGCUGUUCUGUGUACCCCUAAUGCUGUUUUUCAAAGUUUCUCUCACGAGGAGAUCUACAUAUUUCUUUAAUAUAUCAAUAUUGACUUCCCCUAUGUAAAGAAGCAUUUUCUACAAUGAAGUAGAAGUGAGAUAUUGCCUCCUUAACACAUGUUUCCUUUACUAUGCUGUUGAAAAGUUACUUCAUCUGAAUUGAAGCCUUGUCUUUUGGAAGAGAACUCAUUAAGUCUCAGCAAGUAAACAAUACCUCAUGAGUCUCAGAAACAUCCUAAAACAUACAACACUGACAAGGACCCUCCCCAAGGUUCUAUGAGCAAUAAAAACAGUUAAGAAGAAGAAAUCCUCCCAUUAAGUAAGCUGCCAGCAACUCAUUGAGAUAUGCCCAGGGACACAGCUUUUAUGAGUCAUCAUCCAUGUUGGCAUGGGCUUUUGGGGGCACAGCCACCUUGAGUCACUCAUGCUCCAAUAUAUAUCCACUAAUCUAGGAUCCUGUAAUUAAUCCUAAUAAACUCAUUAAUCCAAUGAA